CACUGGACACAUCCGAGUACUGCAGCCUGGGCAGCAUGGAAUACGCCAAACAGAUAGUCACUCCGGAAACCAACAGGCUUUGCUGCACCAAGAAGUUUGUGGCCAGUUGGUUUGAGGGCUACAGCGACUUGCCUGCAGAUUCCAAGAAAGCCACGGUGCAGUGGAAGGACGAGAAGAAGCGAGGAGGGGAAGAUGCCCUGGCUGUUCUGGAGGAAGCCUACACCAGCAUCCUGAGGGGGUUAGGGGAGGACCCAGAGAGGCAGGGUCUGCGAAAGACUCCCAGAAGAGCCGCUAGAGCAAUGCAGUUCUUCACCAAAGGUUACCAAGAAAACAUUCCCGACAUUCUGAAUGAUGCUAUAUUUGAUGAGGACCACGAUGAAGUAGUAAUUGUGAAAGAUAUCGAUAUGUUCUCACUUUGCGAACAUCAUUUAGUUCCAUUUUUUGGAAAGGUACACAUAGGUUACCUACCGAAUAAGAGAGUGGUCGGACUAAGCAAACUGGCAAGGAUUGUUGAAAUCUACAGUAGAAGACUUCAAGUUCAAGAACGACUUACCAAGCAAAUUGCAGUUGCAGUUACAGAGGCUUUGAAACCAGCUGGAGUAGCUGUUAUCAUAGAAGCAACGCACAUGUGCAUGGUGAUGCGAGGUGUGCAGAAAAUUAAUAGCAAGACAAUGACCAGCACGAUGCUUGGAGUUUUCCGGGAGGACCAAAAGACACGGGAAGAAUUUCUCACACUGACAAAGGAGUAGAAGAACCAUUCCAGUUCUAUCUCUUGCUACAACUUUAAGAAAGUCUGCUGACCUGCCAUGAGAAGUGGAUUAUAAUGAAGCAAUAACUUCUGUUUGGCUAAAGGUUUAAAAAAAAAUGUUGAAUUGUGUACAUUACUAAUGCAGAAUAUUCCAAACAGCACACUUAUUUCAAGCAGGGACCAAGAUACUCCCAGGAUACUGUGGGAAAACAAUGUUUUGGUGUUGUUAUGCAAUAUUUAAGUAGGAUAAAAUGCAUAAUUUUUAGCGUAAAACUGUGGGUUUCUAUUAACUAUUAAUCUAUUUGUUAUGUAGUUCCACUGCAUCAUUUAAUACUACGAAAUGUUUCUGACUUUCUCGGGACCAAUAUUUAAUAAUGCAAAAACGCUUAAACCAAGAGUGAUGUGUUUAUUGGCGGAAUGUUCUGAUUAAUUUACCAGGCAGCAAGUUCACAUGAUUAUAAAGUAGGAAAUGUUCAAUCAACUGAGUAAGUCUGAACACAACCAUUUAUUUAAUAUGUUCAAAUUUCAAAACUAAACAAGGCAAUAGCCUACAUGUUUGAGAACUUGGGUAAAAAUCAGCCUAGUCUGAUUUAACUGACUAGUUAGAUGCUGAAAUAACUCCCUAGGGACCAUUGCCAAGUCACCCUUUAUUUACACAUGAAGAGUCUUUGACACUGAUCCAGUUCUCUCUGAGCCAGCUCUCAGAGUGAACAGGGUGUCGGACACUCGUGUUCUUAUCUGCUGGCUAGGGCUCCCUGAUUAGACCAGAUUAACAACCCCAGAGAUAUUUUCGUAUUCUGUGAAGUCCAUCUGGUUGACCUCACUACAAUCACUACAAAUGCUUUUCUCUCUGCUGACUUCAUGACUCUCACCAUUUCGGUUUCUACUACUAGCAACCUCUGACCACAAGACAGCAUAUGUGGUAAAUAGAAAACUUGCAAAAAGAAGUGCACUUCUGAAGUUUUAGCUGAGGUAUUUUGUUGCGACCAAGUAGAGGAAGAUUCACUUCACAGUCAGCCAUUAGUGUUUUCCUCUGGGAACAUAAAAUGAAAGGUUUCAAAACCCCAUUGACAUCGCUCAUUUGAAUGAACGUAAAACAAGGAGCAAAUUUUCUUUUUAGAAUAAAGUCAAAUUUAGUCAGCUUUAAAAAAAAAUUACAUUUGAAAUGCUGUAACGACCCUCUUUUCCUGCUGUAUUCUCAGUCUGAAUUGGCUUUUACAAACAAAAAGAUUUGUGCUGAGUUAGCCAAAAUCUGCCUGUAUUGCCCAUUCCUAUUUACCAAUUAGCAGAAGGUGGUGAGCUGCUUCCCUAAACCGCUGCAGUCCAUGUGUUAUGGUGCCCCUCCCCUAUCAUUCUGCUAAGAAAGUAGUUCCAGGAUUUUGACUGAGUAACAGUCAGGAUGGAGCAUGCCUUGAUGGGGAAUGUACAUUUGGUGAUGUUCACAUGCACUUGUUAGCUUUGUUCUUCUAGUUGCAGCUUUGGAAGGUUCUGUGUGUAGAGCUUUGAGUUGCUGCAAUGCAUCUUGGAAACAGAAGGUAGUUUUUAUUGCACUGUUACUCUUGGGGGAAGUGAAUGUUUAGGUGAUGGUUGGGUUGCCAAUCAAGUGGGUUCCGUUGUUAAGAUUGUUUAUAAGCUUCAUUAGUAUUAUUGGAGCUGCUCUCUUCCAGGCAGGUGAAGAAUAUUCAAUCAUAUUCCUGAAUUGUGCCUUGCAGAUGGUGGAUGGGAUUUGGAAUCUGUAAAUUUAAAAUAUUCAGCACAGAAU